GAUUCCAUGUAUCACAGCAUCGCACGUUUUUUGUAUAGUUGAAAAUAUCCGAUACGAUAGUAUAUACAGUGCGUAUUUUCGUAGUAUCUCUACCUACAACAACUUGUCAAUCUGUAUCGACUAUCGAUGACAAGUGUAGGUACCGAGAUUACAUUUUAAUUAAUUUACAAGCUAAUACAGAUACAUGUAAAUGACAAUCAUUCGUAUCGGGCGUGUUCUUUAUUUUGCGCAAUUUUUGAAAUGAUAACGUACUUCAAUAAAGUAGAGAUACCUUACCUACCUACUUGAAGUAAUAGUGUAUCGCGAGUAAUGCGUUAAAUACUACGUACGUGUUUCGAUUCGCGGUGUAAAAACAAAAAAAAAUUGUAUGAAGUGUUAUACUUGCUUACUUAUAAUUGUUACCGGGUGUAUUUUAUUUCAUUUUAGGGCAAAAUGGAAAAUGAUAAACGUAAACAAACCAUUAAUAAAACCAUUCAUUUUUUAUACGACAUAGAAUACGUUAAACAUUACAAUUAUUACGACGAACUGGAAGCGGAAAGUUUGAUGAAAAAAACGCAAAACGAAGAGCUCAAGAUGGUCGAAAACAAAUCAAUCAGAAGGUGUCACGAAAAUGGCAAGAAAAAUAAUAUAGACGAUAAAGAAAAUGUUGAAAAUGAAACUGGAUUUGACGACGACGUAGACGACGAAGAUGAGAAUUGGGAUAAGAAAGGAUAUUGCAGUUUCGCUUUCGUUAGGGGUUCCGAUCCUCGAGUUGCGACAUGUCGAGGAAAACUACAAAAUAAAAGAUCGAAACUGAAUCAAGAGAUUAAUAAGGAACUGAGGCUGAGAGCAGGCGCUGAAAAUCUUUUCAAGGCUACCACGAAUCGUAAACUAAAAGAAACCGUCGCCCUGGAAUUAAGUUUCGUCAACUCGAAUCUUCAGCUUUUAAAAGAACAGCUCGCAGAACUGAACAGCUCCGUUGAACUAUAUCAAGGCGAAAGCAAGGAACCGGUAAUGCCGAUGAUUCCUUUGGGACUCAAAGAAACCAAAGAGAUUGAUUUUGCGGAAUCGUUCAAGGAUUUUAUUUUAGAGCACUACAGCGAAGAUGGGAAUGAAUACGAAGAUGUUAUAAAAGAAUUUAUGAAUAUGAGACAAGCUAUGAGAACGCCGCACAGAGACAAUUCUGGGAUAUCUUUGUUAUUUCAGUAUUACAACCAGUUAUAUUUCGUCGAAAGAAGAUUUUUUCCUCCGGAUAGAAGUUUAGGCAUAUAUUUCGAAUGGUAUGAUUCAUUAACCGGAGUGCCAAGCUGUCAGCGUACGGUUGCUUUUGAAAAAGCUUGCGUGUUGUUCAAUAUGGCGGCUAUUUAUACUCAAAUGGGCGCCAAACAAGACCGUUUGACUAGCAAAGGUCUCGAUCAAGCUGUUGAUAAUUUUCUCAGAGCUGCUGGCACCUUUACGUAUAUUCAGGAGAAUUUUACCAACGCUCCGAGCAUGGAUUUGGCUCCUCAUAUGAUGGAUAUGCUGAUACAGUUGAUGUUGGCACAAGCUCGAGAAUGCUUAUUCGAAAAAUUAGAACUACAAUCGCAAGACAAAAGAGACGUGGAUAUUUCAUUAGAUUUAGCGCAAGAAGCAGCCCAGGUUGCCGAUGUUUACUCGCUAGUUUACAAUUUAAUAUCAGUACCGGCGGUUAGAGAUUACGUUCCAUAUUCAUGGAUAGCGUUGACGCAAGUGAAACGUGAACAUUAUGCAGCUAUUGCACAUUACCAUAGUGCAGUCGGCAUGCUAGUGAAAUCAUUAGAAGAGUUUAGCUGCCACACGAAAAGAAUGUUACAACUCAUGCAUACGACUCCUCUAAACGAGAUAUAUUCUUCGUCGUUUACCGAUGAACAGCGCAAGCAAUUAGGAAGAGCGCAUUUCAAAUCUGCAUUAUUAUUUCACGAAGAAGCUCAUCGAAUCUUAAGGUUGUGUAGAGAACUGAGAAACAAACACUUCCUAUCUCACGUGCUCACCAAAACCCACGAACGUACCAUCAAAGCGUUCGAAAACGUGGAAGACGACGAAGAUGAAUUCAGUGAAGUUCUAGACCCACCUAGUAUAGAACCGUCUUCAAAAUUCCAGUUAUCACUGACACCGCCAGACUUUGCUCAUCUACCCGUAGAAGAUUUAUUUUAUCGUCUAGGACCUGUUGCAAUUUUCUCGGCGAAACAUCACUGGACCGUACCGCGAAAUAUUCAGUUGCAGAGGACGGGCAGUUCCGAUUCUGGAUUUGGGUUCAGUGUCAGGGGAGAUGCACCUGUUAUCAUUGCUACCGUUGAUUCCGGAUCGUUAGCUCGCUUCGCAGGUAUGAAAGAAGGCGAUUUUAUCGUAUCGAUAAACGAAAAAGAUGUGAAAUGGGCUCAUCACGAGGAAGUGGUUAAAUUAAUUAAAGAUUCCGGAGAUACGCUUUCAUUAAAAUUAGUCACUCCAAUGGAUAGAAAUUAUUUAAAACCAAAAAGCAAAACUGCAGCGAAUAGCAGCAACAGUAGUGAAAGUGGAGGAACAAAUUCCCGUAACAGUUCGUAUCAACAUAGUCCAUCUGGUUCAGUUUCAACGCAAAAGAAGUUGACGUGGAAUCCGUUUAAAAAACAAAGAGAAAAGGAUACAAAUUACAGUAAUAUUUCAAGAUGAUGAAUUUAUUUUUACGAUAUUAUUUUUCUAUCAAAAAGUUGGCCAUUUUUUUAUACGUUGUGUUUAUUUAUACGAAAAAUGUUUGUUUACUUAUUCAACUGUUACUUGUGAAGUAAAAAUAUGAGUAGGUAUUUUAUAUUUUGUUUUUCAAUUCCUUUUAUUUUUCGUUAGUAUUUUGUACUUUUGCGAGAGAGUUUCGUGAUAUGUAACAUAUCUUUAUUGUUAUAAAUUAUUUUAUUAUGCUAUUUAUUAGUGUGUAAUGAAAAAAACGAAUAGACUGACCAAAAUACUUUUUAUUUUGUAAUAAAGAAUGCUUAUUUUUUUA